GGCCGGGCCGGGCCAAUGGGCGCGGGGUGGUGGCGGGCGGGCGGGCCUCCAGGCCGGGGGUUUUCGGAGGCGAAGCCGAGGCCCGCCGGACAGACAGACGUUCAGCUGCAACGCGCGGCCGGGAUGGCGCUGGCACGGGCCUGGAAGCAGAUGUCCUGGUUCUACUACCAGUACCUGCUGGUCACGGCGCUCUACAUGCUGGAGCCCUGGGAGCGGACCGUAUUCAAUUCCAUGCUGGUUUCCGUUGUGGGAAUGGCAUUAUACACAGGAUAUGUCUUCAUGCCUCAGCACAUCAUGGCAAUAUUGCACUACUUUGAAAUUGUACAGUGACCAAAAUGUGACCCAAAUCCAUGAAUUUGUUAAGGAAGAAUCACCUCCUAAAACUGAAAUGAGACUUCAUCGGAUGUCACAAGAAACUCUACUAGACGUCAACAUAACCAACUUUAUCAGUAUAAUGACUAAAAUUCAUGAGUAGACCAGGAAAGCUAAUCCUGACUCAUGUGUUAUGUUCUUUAUUUUUAACUUUAAAAGAAGCUCUUGUAUAAGUAGUUUUUUUUUUUUUUUUGUCUAUUUUAACAUUGCAGUUAUUUGUACUUUGAUAUCAGUAUUUUCUUAACCUUUGUGACCGUUUCAAUAUUAUCCCGUGGAAGCUUUUCUUAAUGUAACUUUGAGUACAUUUUAAUUGCCUUCUACUAUUUCCAAAACCCAAAGUCAUUAGUUGAGCUUUACUGUUCUUGCUAUUGUAUGGCCUAUACAUCUGCCUGGAUAUAUUUAUACUCUUGACCAAAGUUUUGUAAGAUACAAUACAAGAUUGGGGGAGGGAGGCAGUUUUAUUGAGAAUUAUUUCCAAAAGAUUUACCUGUAAGUUUGAACUCAGGAGUAUAGUUUUAGCUACUUAGACUCCAACAGCUUGUGCUUUAAGACUGUUCAAAUAUUUCUUCACAAUGAAAAAGAAAGAUCUUGCUAAAGCUAAAAUAAGGAACAUUUAGCAUUUAAAUAUUUAAUUCUUACAUGGAUUCAUUUUCAGAAAACUGAUGAUUCUUGUGACAGGGUGGUUAAGUAGUGUUAUUAUGUAACGCUGAUAGUUUUUAAUAGAAAGUAUGGCCAGUUUCUUCUGAUGGUGAUUAUUAACAGUGUACAUCCUUACAUUUAGUUUCUUGAUUGUUUUAGGUGCUGAAUUAGGAUAUGAUGAAAUGAAUUGUCAUUAAAAAAUUGUAACAAAAGAAAUGUAAACUUAAAGUCCUCCUACUCUUUGUAUUUUUUUAAAAGAUUUUUAUUCCUUAAAUGUAAAGCGACUACCUAACUUUUUGAUGUAAACUCAUUAAAAUCAAAGAGAAAAAGAUCAAACAAUGUA